AUGGGGCGUGGCUGGACGGGCGCCGACGGACUGGCGCCCGCGCGCUUUGCGCGUCCGGUGCGCCAGUGCGGCCAAGCAGCAAGGAGCAGUGGACCGGAGUUUGGGAGACAUGUUGUUUGGCAAGAAACGGGGGAUUUCGUAGCUUUGAGCGAUGACAGUUCCAAGAAAUUCAUAGAAAUUCAAGUGCUCCUUCGAAACUCAAUGGCACUGUUUAGGUCAGAUGGCCAUGCAGGACCUUUGUUGGUGAGUCCUAGUGGCGCACCACUGACAAGCUCCACUUCUGCUGACGGCGGCCCGGACUUGGAGCUUUCACCCGAGAAUGCGGCGCAGGCGCGUGGUGCUGAGGCAAAGGCUCCCGUCCUGCAAAGUGGAAAUCCUUUCCUGCUGCUGGUGGGGGAGCUGGACAAGCAAGUGACCAAAAAGGUCGCCGGCUUGAGGAAGGCUGCGCAAGGACGCUUGCCACUGGUGAGACUCAAUUGCAGCGCCUUGCCCCAAGUCUGUGAAGCUCUACAGAUCGUCUCCUCGCCCACUUUGCUGCUUAUGGCCAAGGGCCAGGUCGUGGCUGCGCUCGAGCAGAUGUCUCCCCAAACGGCGACCGCCUUUGUAGAGAACGUGGCUCAGAUGUUGGGGCUCAAGGUGGAUCUGGCCGAGGCGGUGACCGAGCAGCUGCAGGACGCCGAGCUGCAGGAGUGGAAGGACCUGCCGUCGGCCGAGCAGAGCUUUGGCUCGGUCCUGAGCCGCAGCGAUCUUCCCAACGACGCCCGGGUCCGAGCGCUGGCCGGCCGGGCUCGGUGCCUCUUGAGGCGAAGGGAACCCACGGCUGCGCAGCAGUCGAAGGUGAUGUUGGAAGAGCUGCAAGCAGCUGGCCACGGAGGUGUUCCUGAGGUGAAGCAAGCCGUGGCUAUGCUGUGGAUUGACCAGAAGCAGCAGGAGCUAGGCGAGACCAAUCUGCAGACUCUCAAGGCUGCCUGGGAGGCCAAUCCCACCGAUUUCGCCGCGGUCCAGGCCUACGCUGUAUCCAUCUUUUGGGCGCAUGGGGAGGCCGAGGCCUUCGAAGCGGGGCUCCAGCUCCUGCGUCGGAAGCGCUCCGACGAGGCGAGGCAGCUGGUGCUGUCUUUGGUGGAGGCCUUGGGGCCUUCGCACCCGCGCAGCGCGCCCGCCCGAAGGCCCGGUGAUCGUCCGGUGGGCGGGAUCUGA